AUGGCUUCCAUGACUGAAUCAGAACUCCGUGCUACUGCCUCCUUGCGACGCCGUGCAGCCUUGUCGAGAACGAACCGUGCGACCCCUGAGGAAAUUUCUCUUCUUCAGGAGGCCUCUAACUCCGAGGUUGCUGAAAAUUUCAUCGAGGGGCCCUACACUGAAACACAGGUCACUCAGAUCUUCGGCCAUUCGGAUUGGGGCGUAAUUCCUAGAUUUGUUCUUGAGCAAGGCCUUGAAAAGAAGGUUCGACCCAUAGAUGAUGGGCACGCUUCCCAGGUCAACGAAGCUUUCACUUCCCUGAUCAAGCUGGAACUUCAAGGAGCCGACUUUGUUUCAGGCCUAGCUCUGCUGAUUGCCCGGGCUGAAAAGGAACGCUCAGAUCGCCUGGGUGUCCCUGCUAGGCAAUGGCUAGGGCGGACCCUCGACCUUUCGAAAGCGUACAAGCAAUUAGCGGUACUACCGCUGCACCGUGACAUUGCCGUAAUCUGCCAUCCCAAUGAGAAGGGGGAACCACAAUUCUUUGUUGCAAACGCCUUGAUGUUUGGCUUGACUUCGUCGGUGUAUGGAUUCGUGAGGGUGGCCCGAAGCCUGCAUUUCUUGCUGUGCAAAGUGCUGAAGAUCCCCUCAGCAAACUACUUCGACGAUUACCCUCUCUUCGCUUUGAGAGAGGGUGCCCAGGAACUUGACGGUUUGACUUCGGAAUUCUUGGAACUCUUGGGGUGGCGCUUCGCCCAGACCGGGAUAAAGGGUCAACCGUAUGAAGAAACCUUCACGGUACUCGGAAUGCAGCUGGACGUCAGCCGCCUCCACGAGGGUGUUGCGGUACUAGCCAACAAAGAAGGCCGUGUCAAGCGCAUUGCCGAAAUGCUUGGUAACAUCUUUGACCGAGGUACCCUUGGCAGGCAUGAGGCACAGGUGCUCCUGGGACUUUUAAACUACGCCUCUGGAUUCUUUGCGGGCCGAUCCCUAAAGCCGGCAUGCCACUUCCUGCUAUCCUUGGUUCGUGGGAAACGCCCGACUGCUGCCGAAAUACAGCGCUUCUGCAAAACCACCCAGGCUGUCUUGAGCACCACGCCACCGAGAAUCCUUCGCAUCUUUGACCCGCGACCGCCCAUCCAUGUUUGGACGGACGGUGCUUGGGAAGACCCUUGGCUUUUGGAGCGAUGGAAGCUGGAUGUGGGAUCGCAGCUUAUGUGCGAAAUCGAACUCUACGCCUUGAUCACUUUGCGUCGUAUGCUCCAAAACAGCCUGUGCAACCGAAGAGUCAUCUUCUGGCUGGACAACGAAGCCGCACGCACAUCAGCAAUCAAAGGUUUGAGCAAGAGCGAAUCCAUGUAUCGCUUAGCCCACUAUCUUGCAGUGAUUGAGGCUGAGGUGAUGGGCAAAGCAUACUCAGCUUGGAUUUUGCAGACCCAGGAAAGGCAAGCCAUGCUGCGCGCGGUUUCAGCAGCGUAUGGCAAGCUCAACGAGGCCGAAACACCUAGUGCAGAGUACUUGGCUUUGAAAGCAGAAGAGACCGAGCAGAAUGAACCGACUGCGGCACAGCUUGAUACCAUCACAUCGAAGCGAGAUUCUCAGACAGCCACCAUCCAGUCUAGUGUUGAUCCUGCCGGACAUUUGCGCAUCACGAAAACCAAACAGAAAGUCGAGAUGCCUCAAAACUCGGAGGCUUACCGGAGAGUCUUGAAGAUUGAGGGCUUGACGAUGGCGGAUUUCACCAAGUUCGUCGACUACAUCCUCGGCGAGCGGGUCGCGGGUCUCAGAUUGGAGCAGGCCACGGGCUACGACAGCAGCCACAAUGCACUCUUCCGGCCACCUUGGGGGAUCGUACUUCGCUACGAGUACAAGUUGAGGAAAGAAGCGUUCAGGCUAGUGAAUGAUGAAGGUCAGACGCUUCAAGAUGCUUUGGCUGCCGUGACUAAGGAUUCCGAGCUUAAAGAAGUUCAUUUUGCAUACCUUGCAUUGCAGUCGGGGGUCAGCGAGUGCAGGGGAUACGAGUUUCACGAUCCUGACUUGAUGACUGAUCGGUUUUGGGAUUCAAUUCUGCAGUGCUUGUGCCAGGGAGAUUGGAUUUUCUUGGCAAGUCCGCCACUUGAGACCAUGUCGCGGGCUAGGCACAAACGGCCAGGACCGGCCCCACUCAGGUCGGAAGCUUGGCCCACAGGUUUUCCAUGGUUGUCGGAUGACAAUAGAAUUAAGGUUGAGAAGGCAAAUUCCUUGUUCCAGCGAUGUGUAGAAGCUGCAUCCGCCUGUGCAUCCGCAGGAGGCUGCUUUGUGCUUGAGAGCCCUGAGGAUUUGGGUGCCACCAAGGACGGUGAGCGACCGGCGUCAUUUUGGCAGUUACCUCAGGUGCGCGACUUGCAAGUUCAGCAUAAUGCCACGACUUGGGCAUACUUCCGUUGUGCAUUCGGUGCACCUACUGCUAAACCCAGCCGCUUCCUCUGCAAUUCCGAGCGGCUGAAGCAUCAGCUGCCACCGUACAGCAUUUGGCCCACCUUCGAUGCUGAAGGCCGCUACGUGGGCCCGCUUCCCCCACGCUGCCCUCACAGCCAUCAUCCAAAACCUUUGGUAGGUCGCCAAGGUCGUGAUUGGAAUACGGCCACCUCUGUCGAGUGGCCGGCAGCUCUGUGUGAUCACGUCUUGCAUUCCAUCCUUCCUUCGGUGCUGCGCGCAAGGGGGGACGCAGGAAGGAAUGCUGGCCCACCGGAGGGUCGUCGUUCUAGCACUGCCGGUAGUCCCUUGUCCUCCAUUUCGGUUUCCCCGGCUGCUAGUGGUUUAGGCCCCCAGGCAGAUAGGGGUGUAGGCCCCCAGGUUGGGGCAGGCCCCGAUUCGUCGGAGGCGCAUGCACACAACGCUGAGGCUUUAGCUUGUGAGAUCCUUUCGAAAGACGAGGCGCCUCGCGCCGAGGAUAUGAUUCGCUUGUACGAAGCUUUGCCGAAAGAGGUGUCAGCCCGUGACCCCGAAGGCCGCAUCCCGAGCUCUUUCUCCACGGGUGCCUACAACAAGGGAGGCUUGACAGGCCUGAGGAAAGCAUGCCACGAUUUUCCGCUGGCCACCAAGUGCUUGGUCCGUUUUGUUCGGAGCAUGCGUCCUUUCCAUCCUUUCAGCACCAUCAGCAUUUACGACAAUGUGUGCACUCCCCUACAUAAGGACAGCCGCAAUGCUUGCUGCGAGAACUUGAUAAUCCCUCUUACCCAGUUUUGGGGGGGCGAGUUAUGGAUGCAACAAGACCAGGGUUCUACACCUCAGAACUUUGGAGGCUCUGAAGUGUUUGGGACGGCCGUGCCGAUCCCCCCGGAAGGCCUCUGCUUCGAUGCUCGUGGCAUCUUGCAUUGCACCAUGCCUUGGAAGGGCCGCCGACUGAUUGCCGUUGCAUUCACGGUGUCGAAGACUGAGGAGCUGAAGCAAUCGGAUGCGCAGCUUCUUGAGGACCUUGGAAUCAACUGCCCUUCCGCAAGUCAGUCGACAGGGAGGACCUUGGAUGCCGGGGAGCUGUCAUCGACAGAGAGCUCGGAAUCGGAACCGCCUUCUGGUGGCUUGGACCAGCAAGCAGACGAUGUCUUCAGACCAGAGCUUUGUGGCAACUUCGGAAAUCCCUUGAUGCUGGAGUGGGACGGGAGAGAGUCGCCUAUCACUGACGGCUAUGGUCUUUGUUCUCCAACGCGUUGGCAUCCUGCCUCCCGUGGAGCAUCGCUACCAGAGCAAUCAAAGGACUUGUCAAGACGCUUGAAUGGCUUGGUGCAGCAGUUUGUAGCAGAGCAGGUGCCAGACUGCCAAUUGCUGGCACUCAAGUUGGCCACCGGGCAGAUUCUGGAAUCGCCUUUUGAUGAAGGUGCGAUGCGACGCCUUCGCGAGGACUGGGCUGCACUUGUAUGCGAGACUGACGGAGCCAAACACGAAGGCUUGCUGGAAGUUCCUGAUCCGCAGCCUUUCUAUCUUCGUUUGCUCUCGCACACGUCGCGCUUGCUGGAAGACCCAGACUGGAAAAUCUUGACAGAAGGCGAGGAGUGCUUUGAGAAAGGUGUUCCAUUGGGCUAUGACGAGACCAUACCUAGGGUGCCGCAGGUUUUCGAUCGGAAGGUCAAAUGGAGAAAACUUGAUGAGAGCACUUUUGAGGCGGUCAAAGAAAAUUACCAGAGCGCGAAGCUCACCGUGCAGGAGAUGGAGCUGAAGUUCAGGGAGGAGGAGAAGCUCGGGCGGAUGUACCCGACCACUUACUCCGCUUUGGCGGCCGAGCAUGGAGCUGACAGGGUACGUAUAGCAGCGAUGGGAGCGGUCGCCAAGCCAGACGGCAGCGUCCGUCCCCUACAUGAUGGCACCCACGGGGUGAAGAUCAACAAUGGCAUUCGGUUGCUGAACCAAACGGCCACGCCGGGCCCUGCGGAAGUCGCGGGCUUCAGGACAGAUGCAAAGUGUGCCGACGGAUGCGUCGUGUUGGCCGGUUGGGAGCUAAGUGACGACACCAAGACUUCCAAGUGGUUUUCGCUGCGCUUGACACCGAGUGAUGCACCAUACUUGUUUGAUCAGGAGGGAAAAUCACAAUGGGCAUCAGGCUCAGCAGAACUGCUGGCAACAUUGGCGGCCCUUCACAUCUUCGGAUACUUGACCGCUUCUGUGGACAGAAAGGAAUUGGACGUUGAGUGCGCUGCGGACACAGACAAUCAGAGCAACUCGAGAUUGCUCAAGAAGGGGUCAUCAACAAAGUGGCCCCUCAUGUUGAUCAACAUGCAGUUGUCUGACUUGCUCCUUCGCUCUUCCUUGAAGCUCCUCCUACGGUGGAGGCCGCGCGAUGAGAAUCAGUAUGCGGACCAACUUACGAACGAGAUUUUCACCAACUUCUCGGACGAACAUCGCAUUGCAUGCACUUACUCGGAUUUGCCUCUUUCGCUUCUGCAUCAGUUGUGGGAGACCAAAGAAAGCUUCGACUCAGCACGAAGGGCUCAGGCCGUGCUGCAACAGGAUGCCUCGGGGCAUCGUCCUCAGAAGAGGAAGGCAGAGAAAACUCCUUGGUAG